GUGUCUUUUGCAUGAGGCAUGCUUUGUACAAGCAUCUACCCUUUCAGCCUUCCAUGGUCGUUACUGUCAGACAGUCAUGCAUAAGAACAUUCCUCACCUUCUGGCUUGAUUUUCUAAUCGUUUGCUAGGGCAGACACAUGCAAUUCUAUUUUGGUCCUGACAACGUUCACAACCUGAAGUGCUACUGAGUCGAGAUCUUACUAAGUACAACAUCGUUUCUCGCUCACCUUGGGGAAGGUUCCUUGCUGAAGGCCACCAGAAUCUGACAAUCUGGUAGCAAGAUAUACCCACUGUAGGAGCCCAGGAAAGACUUCCCAUGGAGGCAUUCGGUUUGCUGGCCUACAGCAGAACACCCAGACUGGCACUUUUUUUGUUUUUUGAGACAAGGUCCUGUUAACAAAAUACCUUGUAUUCAUGUGUUGCUAAAUCUCCUUCCCAAGGAGAGAAGUAAUCAAUGUCCACCCCUUCUCCUAAGUCCCCAACAACGAACAGAGGAACUAUUCUGCCAAAGUUCACUUGGGGAGCCAGUGAGUGUGUUGGGGUUCCUUAGAGCAUAGGUGAGGGGUUACUUACAAGGACAUGAGCGUUCCUCCCCACACCACACCACACUCAUUAAGCCCUUAUCUGGAAGGGAUGAAGGUUUCCCCACAGAGGAAUAGAUGGAGCCCCUCAGCCCUAUCCCCCCACCCCCACCUCACCCAGCCUGUAUGGUCUACUCCCUCCCCAAGGCCAUGUUCAUCAGGUGAAGGGAUUGUGGUGCGCGCAUACACACACAUACACACACACACACACACACACACACACACACACACACACACACACACCCCUCUCUCUAUGUGUAAACAGUCAGAAGCCCAGAAGAGAUCCUUCUGCAAGGAGGUAGAGCUGAAUUCCCCAAGAUGGCUAUUGGUGGGGCUGGAGGGUAGUCACUCACAACAGCAUGUCGAAAUUCUUAAAGAAUAAAUAGGCAGGUUGGUGGUGCCCCACGCCUUUAAUCCCAGCACUUGGGAGGCUGGAGGAUCUCUGUGAGUUCGAGGCCAGCCUGGACUACAGAUCAAGUUGAAGGACAGCCGGGGCUACACACAGAAACUCUGUCUCAAAAAAUAAUAACAAAAUACCCAAAUAAAUAUUGAAAUGAAAAUAAUAAACUGAUGACAAGGCCUCGGGUUUGUUGCCCAGAUUGGCCUUGAGCUGACACUCCUGUGUCAUCCUCUAGAGUAGCUGAAAUUAUAGGCAGUGGCUUCUGUAUAUUCUCCUAACCUGGUGGUCCCCCAAUAGGGCCCCUCGGGGGCAUCCGAUAAUGUCUGAAGAGUGUUGUUAUAGACACCAUUGAGUAUGUGGGAUGCUAAACAUAUAGUGCAGAGGGCAAUCUCCCACAAUGAAGAAUUACUUAUUCCUAAAUGUUAAUUGUGUCAAGGUCAAGAAAUCCUGAUGGAGGCAUGAGAGGCCCCCUUUCGAGUUGUUGGUCAGGGCUGUUCAAAAGAUUCCCCAAACAUUCGAGACUGUUGUUAUUGCCUUUGGUUUCAUCCCAGAGGUAGAAAGUAAAGCUCUAUUGUUGAACACACCACAUACCUCAGACACUGGACCCAGAGGUCCCUGAGCUGGAACUGACCUGAAUGCCUCAUCCCUGAGGACUAGCAUUCAUGGUACUAAGAGGUGUCUUAUAAGCUUCCAACAGUCCUACCCAGCUGUGACACCCAGGAACCACAAUAUGGGAAUCCAGCUCCCACUUUUUGAAGGGUUCUUAGGUAAAGGAGAGAGGAAUGAGGAAAUAUCAGAUAGAAAGAGAGAUCCAGCGGACGAGAAGAAAGACAAAAACCACAGAAUAGCUUAGGGAGGGCCUGGGUCAAUACCCAACAGCCUCGUCUUUUAUUCAAAAGGACUUUUUAUAAUAUGCCAAGGGGAGAGAGGCAAAAGACCUCCCCCUUGCAAGAUCAAAGCACACCAUACAGCCAAGUGUAGAUAGACCCUUCCAAACACCUGGUAACCACGCCCGUGACCAAAUCAUCUCCUCAUGCAGCCCUGCUGGGUAAAGCAAGCUCAGAUUCUCUGACCCUGAGUAAGUACUCACUAGAAAGCCUCUAUGGGCUCCCACACCACAACAGUGACCAGUAUGGCAUCAAACCCCUACCAGUGAGACAGUGGCACAAAUACCUUGGUGGCGACAGACAGCUCUAUAAUUGACUUCAGACCCACUCGACAGAAGUUAAUCAUCUCUGCCACUGGAAACCUAGCCAACUGCCCAGGAUUAGUGAAAUCAUGAAUCUUGGAGAAUUUUCAAGCACCACCUAACUAAAUCAGCAAAAUCCCUCACUACACUCUAAACGUUUGUCCUUACUCCCACAGAUAAGUGUGGUCCUCGCCCCCUCAUCAAGGAAACGUCUCUUUACAAUAGGCAGAGACCAUCACAGAAAACCCCAACCAAUCAAAACACAGAGUUGUGGAGGCCAGUCCCAGUGGAUACAUGUACACCACAACUCAAGAGCUGUAGCAUAAACAGACCAAGGGGAGCCUGGCUUGAUUGGAAAAUGGACGUAUCAGGGUCUUAGGUUGCAGCUGAGCCUACGUCGUCUGUAAAGAGGGAAGUUCUGUCUUAUCUAAUGAGAGCUGGGGCAGCUUCCAAUGUCCCCUAAGCUGGGGAAAAGAAUAUCCAAACCACCAUUCUGUCGCUUUGCAUUUUAAAGGGUGAAAAGGACGAGAUUGGGUUGGCUCCUUUAGGUCCCACCCCUUGGACGGCUCAGAGUUCAGGCAUUCAUUCCAGGGACAGCUGAGGGCGGGUCCCUUGGCUCUAGGGUGCGGCCACCAGCACCCAAAGGAGCCAAGACGGGCAGUACCUGCUGAACCAGCUUAGUUAAAUUGUUCCCAUGGCCUGAAGGGGCCUGUCGACAGGACUGGAGAUUCCAACCCAGAAACAGGGUAAUUUGUUGCAGCCGUUCAGUGUUUCCAGCCCUGGACCGCAAUUAAAAGCGUGUCUUCCGGGACCAAGAGCCAGUGUGUAGGGAUUGCAGGGUCCUGGGAGACAGGAUCCAGGAUCUGAGCCAGCGGUCACCUGUAGUGGACGCCGCGCAGGGGUGUCCUACCCUUCUUUUCUUCGGGAGCCUGGGUUUUUCUGCCUGACUGCCCGGUGUUCUCAGCAUGCUGGCGGUGCACUUUGACCAGCCAGGGGGACCAGAAAACCUCUACCUGAAGGAGGUGCCCAAGCCGAGCCCAGGAGAGGGUGAAGUCCUCCUGAAGGUGGCAGCCAGCGCCCUGAACAGGGCUGACUUACUCCAGAGAGUGGGCCAGUAUGCCCCACCCCCAGGAGCCAGUAGCAUUUUGGGACUUGAAGCAUCUGGACAAGUGGCUGAGCUGGGGCCUCGCUGCCAGGGACACUGGAAGGUCGGGGAUUUGGCCAUGGCUUUGCUGCCUGGGGGAGGCCAAGCUCAGUACGUCACUGUUCAUGAAGAUCUCCUCAUGCCUAUCCCAGAAGGACUGACCCUGAAUCAAGCUGCAGCCAUCCCAGAGGCCUGGAUUACUGCCUUUCAGCUCUUACAUCUCGUAGGCCACGUUCAGGUUGGAGACUUAGUGCUGAUCCACGCAGGAUCAAGUGGUGUGGGCACAGCUGCCAUCCAGCUGACUCGGAAGGCUGGCGCUAUUCCUCUGGUUACAGCCGGCUCCCCGCAUAAGCUUCAAAUGGCGGAAAAGCUUGGGGCUGCUGCUGGAUUCAAUUAUAGAGAAGAUUUUUCUGAAGCGACAUUGAGAGUCACUAACGGUGUUGGAGUGGAUCUUAUUCUAGACUGCAUAGGCGGAUCCUAUUGGGAGAAGAAUAUCAACUGCCUGGCUCUGGACGGUCGCUGGGUUCUCUACGGUUUAAUAGGAGGAGGGGACGUCAGUGGGCCCCUGCUUUCAAAACUGCUCUUUAAGCGAGGGAGUCUGAUCACUAGUUUGUUGCGAUCUAGGGAUAAUAAGUACAAACAGACAGUGGUGAAAACUUUCACGGAGCAGAUUCUGCCCUACUUCUCCAAGGACAGCCCCCAACGUCUGCUGCCGGUUCUGGACAGAGUCUACCAGGCGACCGAUAUUCGAGCGGCCCACGAGUACAUGGAGGCUAACAAGAACGUGGGCAAGAUCGUCUUGGAGCUGCCCCAGUGAAGGAAGACUCCAGAGCAAGCUUGGAGUGGGUUCUUCUCCCAGGUCCACCCCUGUAAAGCUGCUCCAACGAAAAUAAAAAGAGUGUAUAUGAAGGGAGGUGUGUUCUCUGUCAGUCACCUAGCAUGUGGACAAGGGUGAGGUGGGAGUCAGGACUAUCAGGUGUCACAAAGUGUCGCAGCAUGGGUAUGUGGGUUCACUCGGAUCUGUGGAAACAAAACUCAGAGGCACCUUAAGAUGAAUCUAGUCUUUUGUGGCUGUAGGGGGAUGCAGCCUCUAAGGACUUUGCCCAGGGCAUUUUUAUUUUUCUCAAUAUUUACACUUUAGCAAGUUGAUAUCCAUAUGCUCAAAAGAACCUGAAAGGAGCUCCCCAGAAAUACAAUGCCAAGUGCAAAUUCCUCGAUUUAUCAGAUACCACGGUUUUCCGGGUUUCCUGAACCACGUUUUGCAUAGGCUUUGUAUCCUGGGGAAACUCUCAGACAAGAUUCACAUAGGGCGACUGGAGAAACAUAAGGUAUCGGUUAAACAAAAGAUUAGGGCAAGACGCUACUCUCUGGAGCCAGGCCAGGACUAGCUCAGCAGGAAUUGCAGCCAUAAUCAGGUGCCGGGCGACCCCCGAAACCCCGGCCCCGGACCAGUGUUCUGGGUAAAGCUCACAAUUCAGAAUCCAGUAGACGGCGCUAAGCACCUAAAACGGGCCACUCCCACCUUCGUGUCCUCAACGCUAAGCCGCAAC